ACUGAUGGACUUACUAUGUUGUGUGCUGCCUCUUGUCCCCCGUGCACCAACCUGUGUGUGACUUGUGUGAUCCUCCAGGUGUGGCAGUUGUCUGAGAGAACCAGCAUCAAUGUGUGCUCACAGCUGGACUGGAAGCGCUGCAUGGCCGUCCACCUCUGGUACCUCCUGCCUCCAACAGCUUCCAUCUCCCAGGCACUUGCCAUGUACGAGGCAGCAUUUCAGACCACAUCAGAGUCUGAGAAAUACGCCUGCUGCCCCCUGCCUCCUUACCUGGAAGGCUCUGGUUGUGUGAUUGAGGAAGAUGAUAAUGCAGGAAGACCUCUCAGAGAUGUCUGUUUCCAUUUGUUAAAGCUCUACAGCGACAGGCACUACGAUCUGGACCAGCUGCUGGAUCCCAGGAGCAUCACGUGUGACCCCAUGGACUAUCGCCUCAGCUGGCACCUGUGGGAGGUGCUGCGUGCCCUCAAUUACAGCCACUUGUGCAGGCAGGGGCAGGGCGUGCUGAAUGCCAGCUAUGCUGCCCAGCUGGAGAGCGAAGGCCUGUGGGAAUGGGCUGUGUUUGUGGUGCUGCACGAGCCUGAUACCCACCUGCGUGAGAAGGCCGUGCGGGAGCUGCUGGGCCGCCACUGCGCUCUGUGCGACAGCCCCGAGUCGUGGGCCAAGGAAACCUUCCUGACACAGCGCCUCUGCGUCCCUGCCGAGUGGAUCCACAAAGCAAAGGCUGUUCGAGCCCGGAUGGAGGGCGACAAGCAUAAAGAAGCCCUGUUCCUGUUCAAGGCCGGGCACUGGAACCAGUGCCACAAGUUGGUUGUGCGGCACCUCGCAUCAGAUGCCAUUAUUAACGAGAACUACAAAUACCUGAAAGGCUUCCUGGAAGAUCUCUCCCCUCCGGAGCGCAGCGCACUCAUCCAGGACUGGGAGCUGGCAGGGCUGGUCUACCUGGACUACAUCCGUGUCAUUGAGAUGGUGGAUAGGAUUCAGCAGCUGGAUUGUUCCACAUAUGAGCUGGAGCGCUUGCACACCAAAGUGACGUCGCUGUGCAACAGGAUCGAGCAGAUCCAGUGCCACAACGCCAGGGACCGCCUGGCUCAGUCAGGUAUGGGGGCAGUGGGAGGAGCACAGCAGGUGAUGUGAUGUGGGGAAGGAUGCUUGGGUGGUGCUCAGAGGCUCUGUGUGCCAAGUGGGGACUGCUGCUGUGCCCCAGAGGUCCGUCGUGGGGCUGAUGCUCUUCAGCACUGCUAGCAGUGGCACAGGCGGUUUGCUGAUGGCAGCCAGCUGAGUGGGGCUGU